UAACGAGUCUAUGCUGUGACGCUGUGUGCAGUUCCUAUCUUCACAACAUAACUUAUAGAUAUGAAAACGUGCGGCGGAGCGGUGAUCGGAGGUUCACGCGCCGCCGGCUUUCCCGCUACUCUUUAUAGUCGCUGCAGAACUGCAUUCAGAUGCUACUCUUCUUCUCCUGAUCAUGUAUCUUUCAUCAAAGAUGUCGCUGCAACUCAACCUCCAGAGCAUUUGAAUGGUCUUCUUAACAUGCUUCAGAUGAAAGGUGAGCAGAUAAUUUCUCCUGGUACCAAGCAGGGAUUGAUUCCUCUCGCUAUUCCUCUAUCCAAAAAGAGCUCAGGUACUGUAACUGCAUUACUGCGAUGGCCUACUGCUCCACCUGGGAUGGAGAUGCCGGUAGUGGAGGUUCGGAAGUAUGGAGUUUGGCUUUUAGCCAAGAAUGUAGAUCAAUACAUUCACAGAAUUUUGGUGGAAGAAGAUGCUAGUUCUCCAGAAAAGAGUGAUGCCUUGUUUCAUGCUUCAGCUGGUGCUGGAGAGAAACUUUAUAAAAAGGGUGAUUUUGCUGCGUCUCAAGUUUCAAGCUUAGAUAUCUAUCUUUUGAAGAAGGUUGGCUUGUUUCCAGAUGUAAUAGAGCAGAAAAUUAAGCAGCAUUUUGACAAGGGGGAUGACAUUUCAGCUCUAGUGACCGGUGAAUUCUACACUAGGAAGGAACAUUUUCCUGGUUUUGGCAGGCCUUUUGUAUUCAAUGCGGAAGUUUUGUUGAGGGUUGGGCGUAAUGUGGAAGCUAAAGAUGCAGCUAGGGGUGCUUUAAAAUCACCAUGGUGGACUUUGGGUUGUGAAUACCAGAAAGUGGCAAAUAUGGCUCAAUGGGAAGAUGAACAGAUUGAAUUUGUCAAAGAGAAAGUGACUCAGGAGGGUAGACAAGAAGAUCUAAAGAAAGGAAAAGAUCCCGCUCAGAUUGCAUUGGAUGAAGCUGCAUUCCUGUUGGAUUUAGCUUCUAUUGAUGGUAAAUGGGAUGACUAUUUGGAGAGAAUUGCUGAAUGUUACAAGGACGCUGGGCUUCAUGACAUUGCCAGUUUUGUAGUUUAUAGGGACUGAAUGCCAAUUAUCAUGUGGAAUACAAUCAAUUCUCAUUAUAGAUUGUUUUGGAAACAUAAUAUACUUUCCAAUUUUUUGUACUUUCUCUUACCGGGAUCAUCAUUAUCGUGCUUCACCCUACAAACGGGGGAAAAGAAAAACACCAGGAGAACAAAAUUUUUAAUCUGCU